CCAAUACCCCCACCACCAGAGCAACGGCAUAACCAUUACCUACUUCAAUAAUCUGCACUUGUGCUUACCAACGAUUCUCUCACCACUUCCUCUCUCGAUCGAUCGAUCGAUCGAGCCGGAAAAUUGAGUCAAGAAGUCUGACGCUUCGGUUUCACAUGAAAAUUGUGAUGGCGAGGGCUUAAAUCCAGCUUAAUUCGACGAAUAUGAGUCGAUAUACCUAAUUUCCUUUCUUAGCUAACGAUUUUAUCUUGCAAAUGUCUGUCGCCGAGCUCAAAGAGCGCCACGUGGCUGCGACGGAGACGGUGAACAAUCUAAGAGAGCAGUUGAGGCUGAGGCGGCUUCAGUUGCUCGACACAGAUGUUGCGACUUAUGCGAGGGGGCACCAAAGAACUCCGGUCACAUUCGGCCCCACCGAUCUAGUGUGCUGCAGGACGCUUCAAGGACACACCGGAAAGGUUUAUUCCUUGGAUUGGACUCCUGAAAGGAAUAGAAUUGUCAGUGCGUCUCAAGAUGGGCGGUUGAUAGUGUGGAAUGCUCUGACCAGCCAGAAAACUCAUGCCAUUAAGCUGCCUUGUGCGUGGGUCAUGACAUGUGCUUUCUCUCUGAGCGGACAAUCAGUUGCCUGUGGGGGACUUGAUAGUGUAUGCUCAAUUUUCAACCUGAAUUCACCAACUGACAAAGAUGGAAACUUACCGGUAUCAAGAAUGCUUAGUGGGCACAAGGGUUAUGUCUCUUCCUGUCAGUAUGUUCCAGAUGAGGAUAGUCACCUCAUCACUGGUUCUGGUGAUCAAACGUGUGUUCUGUGGGAUAUUACGACAGGCCUUAGGACUUCUGUUUUUGGAGGUGAAUUUCAGUCUGGACAUACAGCUGAUGUAUUAAGUGUCUCGAUAAACGGAUCAAACUCAAGAAUGUUUGUCUCUGGUUCUUGUGAUGGAACUGCCCGGUUGUGGGACACACGUGUUGCAAGUCGUGCUGUGCGUACUUUUCAUGGUCAUGAGGGAGAUGUUAAUACUGUAAAGUUCUUCCCCGAUGGCAACCGAUUUGGAACUGGCUCAGAUGACGGAACUUGCAGGUUAUUUGACAUUAGGACAGGGCACCAACUUCAAGUAUACUAUCAGCAGCAUGGCGAUGAUGAAGUCCCUCACGUGACUUCCAUCGCAUUCUCCAUUUCAGGAAGGCUUCUCUUUGCUGGAUACUCAAACGGAGAUUGCUAUGUAUGGGAUACUUUAUUGGCAGAGGUUGUUUUGAACCUGGGAUCCCUCCAGAACUCACAUGAAGGAAGAAUAACCUGUCUGGGUUUGUCAGCUGAUGGGAGUGCCUUAUGUACAGGAAGUUGGGACACAAACUUAAAGAUUUGGGCUUUUGGAGGACACAGAAGGGUUAUAUGAGUCCUGGAAGAGUGAAGGAUUUGUCUUCUGGGUUUCCUCUCCUAUCUUUGCCAUGCUUGUCGGAUUUGUAAGAGAUCCUUAUGCUUUCAUACGCUGGCAAGAUAGUGAUGCAUGGUAAAAUCAUACUCUUGUAUCAUUGCUCCUUGUGAUCCUGGUGCAAAAAGCUGACAAUUGCAUUUAACAUAAUGAACUGGCACCCAAGAAUUUAAUGUCUGUUGUGAUUAGCAACUGUCUGUUUUCUAUUUUUCUUGUGUCUUAGCUUGCCCGAUUAUUUUCACCGUUUUGUUGCUGACUGUACCUUAGAUGUAAUUCACAUUGUUGCCCUUUAUCAUUACUAUUUUUUUCUUUUCUUUUUUUGCAUUUGAACUUUCUAAUGUGAGAAGAUAAUAACGGCUCUUUGUUGCUCCUGAUGCUUCUGUA